AAUAAUACCAAAAUUCAUGAUAGAUGUAUUCGAGCGACCGAAUCGUCUAAAUUUUUUUUCGUUUCACACCUAUUUUAUGUUUUUAGCAUGGUUGUAUUAAUAUUAUUAUUAAUAAAAAUAGCCGUAUAUUUCGCAAGUACGAAUAACACUGUCGUCACGGAUGAAAACAAAAAUUUGGAAUGGUGGCAAACUGCGCUUUACUACCAAGUUUUACCGAGAUCAUUUAAGGAUAGCAAUGGUGACGGUAUAGGAGAUCUUAAAGGGGUUGAAGAGAAAGCUGAGCACUUAAAAGACAUAGGAGUGGACUGUGUUUGGUUAUCACCAAUUUUUAAUUCACCCAUGGCUGACUUUGGCUACGAUAUUUCGGAUUAUAAUGCGAUUGAUUCAGUAUAUGGCACAAUGGAUGAUUUUGUUUCGUUACAAAAAAAAUUGAAAUCUUUGGGCAUUAAGAUGAUUUUAGACUUCGUACCUAAUCAUUCAAGUGAUGAACACGAAUGGUUUAAAAAGUCUGUGGAAAAAAUUAUGCCGUACACAGAUUAUUAUGUUUGGAAAGAUGCUAAAUACGAUGAAAAUAAUUGUACAGUUCCACCAAAUAAUUGGCGAAGUGUAUUCAGUGAUUCAGCAUGGACAUGGAAUGAAAAGCGUGGACAGUAUUAUUUAAAUCAAUUUGAUCCUAAACAGCCAGAUUUAAAUUACAGAAAUAAAGCAUUGGUUAAAGAAAUGAAAGACAACUUCAGGUUCUGGUUAGAUCUUGGUGUAGAUGGGUACAGAGUAGAUGCCGUAAAAUUUUUGUUCGAAGAUUCAUAAUUCUCAGAUGAUAUCAAGAAACCAGAAGAGCUCGCUAUGAAAGAGGUUAAUACUUAUGAGCAAUAUUACCAUCCCAAUACAGUGAAUUUAGAUGAAACGUAUGAUAUGAUCAAUCAGUUUAGGGACGUAAUAGACGAAUACAAACUGAAAGAUGGAGAGAUCAGAGUUAUGAUAACUGAAGCAUACACUUCUUUGGAAAAUACUAUGAGAUAUUAUGGUAAUGAGACCCAUUUGGGAGCACAUAUGCCAUUUAACUUUGAAUUAAUCGUUAAACUAAAUGAUUUUUCAAACGCCUCUGAAUUCAAUGAUGCUAUAAAUAGUUGGUUGGACAAUAUGCCAGAAAGGAAAUGUGCGAACUGGGUGAUCGGAAACCAUGACCGGCCGCGCGUGGCCACUCGGUUCGGCGACGAAAUGGUGGACGCCAUGAACAUGCUGAACAUGCUGUUGCCCGGCGCCGCGUUCACUUACAUGGGCGAGGAGAUCGGAAUGUCGGACACGACCGUCCGUUGGGACCAGACGAUGGACUCGAAGGGCCUGAACGCGGGACCCGAUCGUUUCCGGAUCUUGAGCAGGGACCCUGCGAGGACCCCGUAUCAGUGGAACGCCAGUGCCAACGCCGGGUUCACGGUUUCGUCGACACCAUGGUUGCCGGUAAAUCCCAACUACUGGAAGCUGAACCUGGACGCGCAGCGGAAGCAGCACUGCAGCCAUUACACCGUGUACAAACGGUUGGCCAGGCUCCGGAAGACCAGGACGGUGCAGCGCGGUUCGUUCGACGGCAGAGAGCUGUCCGAGUGGGUGUACGCGUUCACCAGGUUACUGCCGUCGUCGACAGAAACUUACCUGGUGGUGAUGAACGUCGGCUCGGAGGACGAACGUGUCGACUUGAGUCGUUGGCCAACCACCGCCAAAGAGGAAACGUGGCUGGUGCACACGCCAAGCGUCAAUUCACAAUACUCAAUAGGAUAUUCACUUAAGACAAAUGGAUUCACGAUGAGACCAAAAUCAGCCAUGGUUUUGUGUAACAAAAGAGAUUCAUUGAUGCCAUCAUCUUCAUCUACAACCUCGUCAACAUCCUUCCAUUCACUGGUAUUUCCGGUGGCAAUGUUCAUGGCCGCCAUGGACUACUUGCUUGCCAACUAGUAAUCGUCAGCCAUCUAAUUAUUUCUAAAAAUUUACAAUCAUUUAUUUAUUACUGGCAUAAAUUUAAAAACAAAUAGUAAAUCUCUCUGAUUUGUGAAUUGCUGUCGUAAAGUAGAAUAUCUAGAUGUUAUAUCAA